UGAUUUCGGGAUAACAGAUGCUGCUGUUAAGGAGGUAUUUCCUGCCAUUCCUCCCUCUGCUACCGCCAGCUAAGGACCUGCCCUAAAGCGGAUGUCACGAUGGACCACGCUGCGAGAAGCCAGCACUAGUGCGCGAGGUGUGAAGAGUUGGCCAGAAUGACCAACUCCUCCUCCACGUCCACCUCCACCACCACUGGGGGGUCGCUGCUGCUGCUCUGCGAGGAAGAGGAGUCUUGGGCGGGCCGGCGCAUCCCCGUGUCCCUCCUGUACUCUGGGCUGGCCAUCGGGGGCACGCUGGCCAACGGCAUGGUCAUCUAUCUCGUGUCGUCCUUCCGAAAACUGCAGACCACCAGCAACGCCUUCAUAGUGAACGGCUGUGCCGCCGACCUCAGCGUCUGCGCCCUCUGGAUGCCGCAGGAGGCGGUGCUGGGGCUCCUGCCCGCUGGCUCGGCCGAGCCCCCCGGGGACUGGGACGGCGCGGGGGGCAGCUACCGGCUGCUCCGGGGCGGGCUGCUGGGCCUGGGGCUCACCGUGUCCCUCCUGUCCCACUGCCUGGUGGCCCUGAACCGCUACCUGCUCAUCACCCGCGCUCCCGCCACCUACCAGGCGCUGUACCAGCGGCGCCACACGGCGGGCAUGCUGGCCCUGUCCUGGGCGCUCGCCCUGGGCCUCGUGCUGCUGCUCCCGCCCUGGGCCCCGCACCCCGGCGCUGCGCCCCCGCGCGUCCACUAUCCGGCGCUGCUGGCCGCCGGCGCGCUGCUGGCGCAGACCGCGCUGCUGCUGCACUGCUACCUGGGCAUCGUGCGCCGGGUGCGGGUCAGCGUCAAGCGGGUCAGCGUUCUCAACUUCCACCUGCUGCACCAGCUGCCGGGCUGCGCCGCCGCCGCCGCCGCCUUCCCGGGCGCCCAGCACGCCCCGGGCCCGGGAGGUGCGGCGCACCCCGCGCAGGCACAGCCCCUGCCGCCCGCCCUGCACCCGCGGCGGGCGCAGCGGCGUCUCAGCGGCCUGUCGGUGCUGCUGCUGUGCUGCGUCUUCCUGCUGGCCACGCAGCCGCUCAUCUGGGUGAGCCUGGCCAGCGGCUUCUCGCUGCCCGUGCCCUGGGGCGUGCAGGCGGCCAGCUGGCUCCUGUGCUGCGCCCUGUCGGCGCUCAACCCGCUGCUCUACACGUGGAGGAACGAGGAGUUCCGCCGCUCCGUGCGUUCCGUCCUGCCCGGCGUAGGGGACGCGGCGGCGGCAGCCGUGGCCGCCACCGCCGUGCCCGCCGUGUCCCAGGCGCAGCUGGGCACCCGCGCCGCGGGCCAGCACUGGUGACCCGGCGGUGACCCGUCUGGGGCCCUAGGCUCGGCUCACCGACGCCGCCCCGGCCUCCUAAACUAUCCCCUGGAGGAUCAGAGACGCCUGCGGCUGAAGGUGAAACCCAGCUAGGAGGGGUCGAGAUUGUUACCUCGGACCCCAGUACGAAACAUGAACCAAGGUCUUUUCCAAAAUGGAGUUGUCCAAGUCAUUUGCGACGGCCACUCGAGGGUUAUUUGUUUCUGUGUUGUAGAGAAAUCUACACAAAGUAUCAGAGACAUCAAAAACUUGCCACUUGUCAUUUUUUAAAAGAGCUCGUGAAUUUAUUUCAAUACUGUUUUUGAAAAAAGAUCUUUGAUAAUGUAUUACCAUUUCCAUCCUCAUUGUCUUAUAUAUGAAGCGCCUUGAGUGUGCAUGAGUCAAAGGGAAAAAUAUUGAUAAAGGAGAUGCUAUUUAAAUGGUGUUUUUAAAGAAAACAACCUAUCUUUGAUGAUGUUUCUCUUAAUUUAUCCGUUGCGUUUUAACCCGGAAGAAUGUAGCUACUGACGUGCACACUAGUAUGAGUUGCCAGUAAGACCUCUAGCCCUUAAGCCUUUAUUUAUUUAUUUAUUUAUUUAUUUACUUUUAGAUAAAGGCAGAGAGAGAGAGGGACACCAUAAUACGGAAUCUUCUAUCGACAUGGUGGGGGCCAGGUCAUGCACAUGAAGCCUAGGUCAUGCACAUGACCAAGCAAUUGCACUGUUAAGUCAACUAUUUUUCACCCCAAGCCCUUUAUUAUUAAAAGGGUGUUAUAUUAUUGCCAAUUAACAGAGAAUUUACCUAGUGAGAAAAUAAACUAUUAUUUUACACUUCCCUUUCCACUUCUAAGAUUGAAAAUUGGCAUUAAUUGUUCAAGUGAGAAUUUUCCAGUUUGCUAAUUGAUGUUUUGAGUCAGCAUUGGAAUUUUGAAAGCAAUGAAGGGGGUUAUCUAUUUAGGUAGUAGUUCCACAUUAUUUUUUAUUUAUUUAUUUUUUUGUAGCAUGCACACUUGUUGCUCAUUUUGUGAUCUAUUUACUUGCCUUAUGAGUGUGAUUGCAGCUUUUUGAACAUUCUGUACUAUAAUGGUUGCUAAGGAGACUAAGUCCUCUGUUUUCUCUUUCACAUUUAAAAUCUCAAUGCACAUAAUAUAAACACUAACAAUACCAUGACUGCAUAGCUAGUACCAGCUGCUAUUGCAUGCUCUUAGAUGCUAGAACGUAACUGGGCAUGUGAUAUACUAAAACAUACCCUUUAGCCAAGAACAUUUUACUUUUUCCAGAUACCAGAAUAAGUCUCCUUCUGUUAUUUGAAAAGAGACACAGAGACACCUCUGGCUACUUAGACUCCUUGCCUGGAUCCAAUUUAUGAGAAAACUCCUACUUUGGACUUUUACUUGCAAAUGGAACCACAGCCACAAAGGAUCAAACUCUUGGUCUGGCUCUGCAAAGCCACCCAUGUGCUCUUUUCGGGUUUAGACAAGCCACACAUUAGAAAGUAGCACUGUUUUUUAAAUGUAAUUCAUAUAUAUAUAUAUUACCAUGAUACAUUAAUAUCAUAUCUGUUAAACUCAGUUAUAUACAAUUAACAGCUCAAAUACAAAUCUGUUUUAAAAUGUAUAAUGUGAGACUUGUCAUUUUCAUUUCUGACUUACUAAAUUUACUUAGAAACAUUUGAAAUGUGAAAUUACUUUAUAAAAUUAAAGUGGGAAGUGAGUAAUUUAAAUUAGUCAUGUAUCAACAUUCUGACUUCUAACUAUUAAAUAUGAGGUCAAAAUUCUUUGAUCAAGUGCAUAAUUUAAGAACAAAAAAAAAGCUUCAUUGCACUUCUAGAUAUUUUAAGCCAGAAUAGUAGAAACCUUUGUGCAUUUGAAGACUUAUUGGAGUUGCAGGACACUUUAAUAAUAAUACUGUUGUAAAACAAAACCAAUGUAUUCAUCACCAUUAAUAGAACUGAGGAUUUUUACUAAUCUACUCCCUCUGUGCAUGAACCAUUUCUCUUUUACUAUGGCUUCAUAUGUUCCCAUUUUCCUUGAUUCAAAUAUUUAAUUAAAGUUUAGACAACUAUUCCUUUGA